AUGAGUGAGUCCAACAACAGUUCUCUGGAGAAAGAUCUCUCACAGCUGAAAUGCCAUUUCACUUGGAAUUUACUACUCGAUGAAAACAGAAUCUCAGAUGACCUAGAAAAUGCAGUGCAUGAACAGAUUAAAAAUUUAAAGACUGAGUUCAAAGCCACAAUGUGCAACCUGUUGGCCUACAUAAAAUCCUGCAGGGGCCAAAAUGAGGGAGCCCUGGAAUGCCUACAGCAAGCUGAAGCAUUUACCCAGGAAGCCCAUGAUGCUCAUCAAGCAGAACUCAGAAGUCUGGUCACCUUGGGAAACUACGCCUGGGUCUACUAUCACAUGGGAAGACUCUCAGAAGCUCAGACAUAUGUAGACAAGGUGAAACAAGUCUGUGAAAAGUUUUCAAGCCCUGACAGUAUUGAGUGUCCUGAGCUGUAUAACGAGGAAGGUUGGGCACUGUUAAAGUGUGGAGAACAAAAUGAAAGGGCCAUGGUGUGUUUUCAGAAGGCUCUGGAAAGGAAACCAGACAACCCAGAAUUCACCACUGGACUUGCCAUUGCCGUAUACCGUCUGGACGAGAGUCUGCCACGUGAGAAUCUCAUUGAUCUUCUGAAGAAAGCCAUUCAGCUGGAUUCUAAAAACCAGUAUGUUAAAGUCCUCCUGGCUCUGAAACUCCAAAGGAUGAAUAAAGGAGAUGAAGGAGAGAGGUUGGUGGAAGAGGCCUUGGAGAAAGCCCCACAUGCAACUGAUGUGAUUGUCCCAGCAGCAAAGUUUUAUCGAAGCAAAGGUGACCUGGACAAAGCCAUUUCACUGUUGAAACAGGCUUCAACAUCCAUGCCUGAAAAUUUCCUUCUGUACUUUUAUAUUGGUAGCUGCUAUAGACAAAAAAUUCUCAAAAUAACACAAGAAAAUAAGAAUAUGUCUCCAAAUGAAAAACAGAAGUUAGUGGAACUAAUAGAAGAAGGUUUGUAUCAUUUAAAGAGAUGUGAUAAGCUCAAACAAAACUACUCCAAUACCCGCACCUUUACUGAGUCGCUCGAAAAUAUAAGAAGGGAACUUGAAAAAUCAUAGUGUUACAUCCAAGAAAAGCUUUCACAGAUGGAAUUAAU